GAGGAUGGGGAGGCUUGAGAGAGUGACGCUGGAGAACUUCAAAAGUUAUCCGGGGACGCAGGCCUCUCGAGCCGGAUUGGCCGAGGGAGAAGGCUACCGCGCCCGUGUCCUCUGCCGGGCGGAGGACUGGGACCUAGCGCUCCUCACGGUCGACGAGGACGCCUUCUGGAGCGGCGUGGAGGCCGCCCCCUUGAACGCCCAGGUCACCUGCCGACCCGACUCCUUCGUGACGGUGGCGGGCUUCUACAACAAGUCCCUGACCACGGACGAGUGGAUGGUCCAAGACUACGCUCUGGGGCCCUCCUGCCUGAACCUGAACCUCUAUCGGAACGGUCACAGCGGGUGGGGGGGAAGGGACGGCCCGGCCAUGCCCUUUGGUUGUAGCGGGGGUCCUGUCUUCGCCCAGACCAAGGGACUGGGCUGGAGCGUGGUUGGAAUGCUCAGUGCCGGGCAGCCAGACAGGGCGAUCCUUCACACUGUGCCAGCCCACCUCAUCCAGAAAAUGAUCCGGCAAUACGAAGCCCACGGACAGUUCGUAGGCGGGUCCUCUCCUUCCUUCAAAUUCCAGAGACUCCUUAACCCCUACCUCCGGGAGAGCCUCGGGAUGGGUGUCGCCUCCUCUGGGAUUGCUCCUUGGCUGGAGAAGGCUGGCCUUCCGCUCCGACCGGGCGACAUCCUCAUGGAGGUGGACGGCCUGGCUGUGGACGACCAAGGCGUCAUCUCGCUUCCUCCAGAUCGCAUGCAGGUGGACCUUCGGGGCCUCUGGGACCUGAAGGAGGACGGCCAGGAGCUGACGGCCAAGGUGCUGAGAGAGGGACGCGUCGUGCAGCUCAAGGGCCCCACCAAACGCGUCCCUCCUGUCGUUCCGAUCUCCUCCGCCUCCGUGACCCCUCCCCGCAGCUACAUCCUUGUGGGAGGGCUCCUCUUCCUUCCUGCCUCCCAAGCGAAGGUGGUGGCGCAUCAAGCGCGCAUAAAUCAAGCUCCCGUCGAGACCCAGCUCCUCUUCAAAGCAGAGCCUCGCGAGCACCCAGAGGAGGAAUACGUCCUGCUCUGGCGCAUCUAUCCGCACGAGAUAAACGAGGGCUACCAGGAGCGGUUGGCUCGUCUCCUGAAAUUCAAUGGCGUGCCGGUGAAGAAUCUAGCGCAUUUAGAGGAGCUCAUUCAAGGCGCUCGCCCCGAGCAGGGGGACGCGGAGUGGCUGGAUUUUGAAUUGGCAGAUGCAGAGCAACGAAAGAUCGUGCUUCCGGCGUAUCAGGCCUGGGCUGCCGAGGACGGGAUACGGAAGACGAACCGCAUUCCUUACCAUCGACCACGAUCGCGGGCAGAGGACGAUGAGAAAGGAAGGGAGGGUGGCGGACAGGAUGAGGAGGAGGAUGACGAUAAAUUGAUAGGAUGAAAAGAAAAC